UAGGCAUAGUUCGCCAUGAGUUCUCUCCGACUUCGCGUGCUUCAAGUACUCCUUCCCCUGAUCCUUGUGGAACUUGGAAUGGCUUUAGUGGACAGUGAUGAAGAGUGGGCCCAGUACAAGGCCAAAUACAACAAGCACUACACCUUCAACGACAACUACCACCGUGGGAUAUACAGAGAGAGCGUCCAGGCAGUUGCCAAAUACAACAGGCUCUUUGCGGAGGGAAAAGUUGGUUUCAAAUUGGGAUUGAACGAGCGCUCGGACGUAGAUGAAAGUGUUUUCUUCCGAUCGGGCACUAAAAGGCCUCUGGACUCGGGCACUAAUUCCGUGACUAAAACGCCGAGCUACAAGUACUACGAUGAGAUAAACGAGGGAAUCGACUGGCGACAGUACGGCUACAUAUCGCCAGUGGAAAACCAGACCUUGGGGUGCCAGAGCUGCUGGGCCUUCUCCUCCUCGGGAUGCAUGGAGGCGCAUCUGGCGAUGAAGAAUGGCAAGCUGGAGCCCCUGUCCCCCAAACACUUGAUAGACUGUGUUCCCUCUCCGGUCGCCGGAUGCAAUGGGGGCUGGGCAACUUUAGCCUUCAGAUACGCGAAGAACCAUAGCAUCGCCUCCAAGAAGUCAUAUCCCUACGAGCCCCAAGUAGGCACUUGUGCCUGGGAGAAUCCUAAUGGAAUCCUGGAAGGCCACGUCACUCUGAAAAACAACGAUGAGAGGGAAAUGGCCGAGGUGGUCUACAACAUCGGUCCUGUGACUGCUUCCAUUGAUUAUUUGGACCCGAUAUUCAAAAAUUACAAAGGUGGCGUCGUGAACAUUCCCAACUGCCGGAAAGACAGGAAAUAUCUCAAUCACUCUAUGCUAGUGGUGGGUUUCGGAACGCAUCCCAUUUCGGGUGAUUACUGGCUGAUCAAGAACUCCUAUGGAACCGAGUGGGGCGAAAACGGCUACAUGAGACUGGCCCGAAACGAAAACAAUACGUGUGGAAUCGCCUCAUAUAUCCAGUACCCAAUCCUUUCGAAAAAUAAUCUAUAAAUUAUUGACAGGGAUUUUAUUUUUAUUUUUA